UGAACAUCUCGGGCUCGACACGCCAACUUUCAACAACGUAAACAUCUGGCAAUUUACAAAUAUUUGGCACAACCUGUUUGCUUCUUUGUCGUUGUACCUUCUUUAUAUUCCCUUUUGGGGUCUUUCCUUCUUUCCUUUGUUCUUUUGGCGAUCCCCAUCCUAAAUUAAUGGCGUCUUCCAGUUCCGGCAACUCCGUUCCUGCCGCCGAGGCAGUUCAAGUUCUGGUAUCUUCAUUGGCGGAUGAUUCUCCUAUUGUACGUGAAGCAUCAAUGGCUGCUCUCAAGGACAUCACUUCCUUAAACCCACUUUUGGUUCUUGAUUGUUGCCUAACAGUAUCGAGAGGUGGACGACGGAGGUUUGGGAAUAUAGCUGGUUUAUUUCAAGUGAUGUCAGUGGCAAUUCAGGCUCUGGAUAAGGGAGAUAUUGAUCCUAAUUAUCUGGCAAAGUUGGCCAAGAUUGCCACUUCUGAGGUGAUCUCAACCAAGGAACUUAACGCUGACUGGCAAAGAGCUGCAGCAGGUGUACUUGUAUCAAUUGGUUCACAUAUGCCUGAUCUGAUGAUGGAAGAAAUAUUCCUCCAUCUCUCAGGGUCAAAUUCAGCUCUUCCAGCCAUGGUUCAAAUUCUUGCAGACUUUGCAUCAUCUGAUGCUUUGCAGUUUACUCCUCACCUUAAGGGUGUACUGGCACAAGUGGUGCCCAUUCUUGGAAAUGUGAGGGACAUACACCGGCCUAUAUUUGCAAAUGCAUUCAAAUAUUGGUGCCAAUCUUGCUGGCAGUGCAGUAUCGACUUCCCUUUGUCUUCAGUUCUAGAUGCUGAUAUCAUGUCUUUCUUGAAUUCGGCAUUUGAACUAUUAUUGAGAGUUUGGGCAAUUUCACGGGAUCUGAAGGUUCGCUUAUCUUCUGUGGAAGCAUUAGGGCAGAUGGUUGGUCUUAUUACUAGAACGCAGCUGAAGGCAGCUUUGCCAAGACUUAUUCCAACUAUAUUGGAACUGUACAAGAGGGAUCACGAUGUGGCCUUUGUAGCAACUUGUAGCCUCCAUAAUGUAUUAAACGCCUCAUUACUGUCAGAAAGUGGUCCACCAUUACUUGAUCUUGAGGAUCUUACUGUCAUAUUAUCAACACUUCUUCCUGUGGUUUGUAGAAGCAAUGACAAAAAAGAGCAUUCAGAUUUCUCAGUUGGGCUGAAGACUUAUAAUGAAGUUCAGCAUUGUUUCCUAACAAUUGGUUUGGUGUACCCGGAGGAUCUGUUUGUCUUCCUUCUCAAUAAAUGCAAGCUGAAAGAAGAACCACAGGCUGUUGGUGCACUUUGUGUAUUAAAGCAUUUGUUACCCAGAUUGUCCGAGGCUUGGCAUAAUAAGAGGCCUUUACUAAUUGAAGUUGUGAAGCUGUUAUUGGAUGAGCUUAAUUUAGGGGUCUGUAAGGCUCUUGCAGAGCUAAUUGUGGUUAUGGCUUCCCACUGUUACUUGGUUGGUCCUUCUGGAGAGUUGUUCAUUGAAUAUCUUGUUCGCCAUUCUGCAAUGUUUGGUUUGCACAGAGAUGAUACUGAGAGAUCCAGGGAAUUGAACUCGUCAAAUGAUGGUUAUUACCCUUUUGUGUACAAGAAAACGGAGACGAAGAUGGAGGUUGGUACACUGUCAGAAUUGAGGGCAAUCUGUGAAACGGGUCUUCUUCUAAUAACUGUUACUGUCCCUGAGAUGGAGCAUGUUUUAUGGCCAUUUUUGUUGAAGAUGAUCAUCCCACGAGUUUACACGGGUGCGGUUGCCACGGUCUGCAAAUGCAUAUCAGAAUUGUGCAGGCGUAGAUCUUCUCAAAGUGGUGCAGGGGUUUUGGAAUGUAAAGCUCGUGCUGAUAUUCCGCAUCCUGAGGAGCUUUUUGCACGCCUGGUUGUACUUCUCCAUAAUCCUCUGGCUAGGGAGCAGUUGGCAACCCAGAUUCUAACCGUAAGUCCUGUGUAUCUUAGACUAUAAUAAUUGUUGUAGUUU